GAUCCCAUCAGACACGCUGUAAACUCUUAUGAUAACGUCAGUAAGAAUUCGCAGCAGUCACCCGGUACGCGGGAACAGAGAGAGAGCUGCGGACGCGGCCACACGGGGAGAGCGACAAGAGCGCUGCGCUCGGGCAGCAGAAGAGGAUGUUGUUGUGCUUGGGUUAAAUGCACUACUAUGUUGAUUAUCUGUUGCUGUUUCCUGGACAGAUGCACUGGGAGGAAGUGUAACUCAAUUUGUAUCAGAGGAGGGUGUUUUGGGCGUUGAUAAAGUGACAGAGGGGAGCUGUUCGCUGCCACAACUGCUGCUGAGAGCUGGUGUGUUUGACAGCAUUUAUCACCUCUUGGGAACUCAUACUACAGAAUCUUUGCAAUUGUCAAUGAAAAAUCAGAAAUGGAUACUUUGGACCUGGAGAAAGGCCUCACCAUUGAUGAAAUGAUAUCAGUAUGCAUCCAAAACUUUGACUCUGAUGGGAAUCCUAAGGAUCGAGAACUGGUGCAGAUGUUUUUGAUGAUGCAUCCUUGGUACAUCUCUUCUGGGGACCUUGCCAAGAAAUUCUUUGCUCUUUCAGAGGCUGGUGAUAACGCAGAGAGAGAGCGGAUCUGCCAUCUUGUGAGGUUCUGGAUAGCUGAAUACCCAGCUGAGUUUGACCUCAAUCCAGAACUGGGAGAGCAAAUUAGAGACCUGAAGAGGGCACUGGAAAACAACGGAAACCGCAGAGAGAGCAGUCUCAUAGACAUCGAGAGUGUCCCUUCUUAUGGCUGGAAAAGACAAGUGACACAGCGAGGACAUGGUGGCCGGAUCAGGAAGACAUCUCUCCUGUUUGAUCACCUGGACCCAAGCGAACUUGCAGAACACCUAACGCAUAUGGAAUUUCACUCCUUCUCCAAGAUCUUGUUUCAAGAUUAUCACAGCUUUGUCCUUCAUGGUUGUACUGUUGGAAACCCGGUCUUGGAGCGAUUCAUAGCCCUUUUCAAUAGUGUUUCUCAGUGGAUCCAACUUAUGGUGCUCAGCAAACCUACUCCACAACAGAGGGCAGCUGUCAUUAAGCAGUUUGUGCAGGUUGCAGAGAAACUUCUGGAGCUUCAAAACUUUAACACCCUUAUGUCUGUUGUUGGCGGUCUCAGCCACAGCUCCAUUUCCCGUCUGAAGGAAACGCAAUCCCAUGUGUGCGCAGAAACCACUAAGGUCUAUGAUUCUCUUUUGGAGCUUCUUACCUCCUCAGAUAACUACUCAAGGUACAGACGCAGGUUAGCACUUUGUGAAGGUUUCAGUUUUCCUGCCCUGGGAGUACACCUAAAAGACCUUAUGGCUCUGCAUGUGGCACUGCCAGACUGGACUGACAAAGCCAGAGGGGCCAUUAACAUCUCUAAGAUGCAUCAGGUAUAUAAAGUUGUUCAUGAACUAACGGAAACCCAGAGGCAGAAACUUACAGUGACUGCAAACAAUGAUCUUCUCAACUUGUUAACGGUUUCUCUGGACCAAUAUCGAUCAGAAGAAGAAAUUUACCAGCUGUCUCUGCAAAGAGAACCAAGGGCACGUUCAUCGCAAGCUGCUGUCAAAUCACCUCCCUCUCCAACACUUCCCAUGGAGGAAUGGGCUUCCCUCAAAGCAAAACCAGACCAAGCCUUAUUAUGUCAACACAUAGAGAAAAUGGUUGAGUCUGUGUUUAGACUAUUUGAUGAGGACGGUGAUGGUCACAUCUCCCAUGAAGAGUUCCACACUGUUCGUAGCAACUUUCCGUAUCUCUGUGCCUUUGAUGAGAUAGACCAAAAUCAGGAUGGAAAAAUCAGUAAACAGGAGAUGACUUCAUAUUUUCUGAGAGCCAGCUCCGUGUUGGAUUGUAAAAUGGGAUUUAUCCACAAUUUCUCAGAGCGGACAUUUCUACGUCCUGUGUCAUGUCAGCACUGCGGAAACCUGAUACUUGGAAUCUAUAAGAAGGGACUGAAAUGUCGAGCCUGCGGGGUCACCUGCCACAAGCACUGUAAAGACCGGCUCUCAGUUGAGUGCAAGAAAAGAUCCAAAAGUGUCUGUGAAAGACGAGAAAGUUCACACCAAGGGCGUCAUUUUUCCUUUACCCUUCCAAGGUCCUUUAAGAAAUCUCCAUUGCCACCAGAGCUAAAAGAAGAAGAUCCGCAGGUGGAGGAGGAUGGAGUAUUUGAUGAUCGCUUAUAAUCAGCACAGUGGCCAAAAUUUGGAUAUUAAUCCAUUCCCAGGAGAAGACUUAUAAAGAACUGUCUGGGCAGAAGCAUUCUGUGUCGUGUACUGAUCUCUAAAGACACCUUCCCCACUCCUAGAAGAAGCUUUCUUUCAUUUUAAGGCACAAUACUUACUAGUGGCUGUAAAGGGAUAGUACAGACAACUGUUUCAGAAGGAAGGCCGCUGUAUUCACAAACCAUUCAUACACAAUAAAUGUACAGAUCAA